AUGGCAGUCGUUAUUGCUCCUAGCAUGGGUUCGACCAAAGACAGCACGGGGGCUUUGCCCAAGCGGAGGCUCACAAAGGAGGAGUUGACCAAAACACACAGUGUACACCUCAAGAAGCAGGACAACUCGCCACACGCGCCGAGGCCAGUGAAGCAACCAGUCAUGUCGGACGCGUACCCGGCAUCAUCUAAGUCUAUCAGAGAGCUUGAGAUUAUCCCAUUAAGUGAGCUACGUGCGGGGGCACAUCAUCGGGGUAAAGGGCUCAUCGUCAAGGCCAUCAGCGCCCCGUUUGUGGGUGCUGGUGCGGUGAGCAUUGUGGAGGACGAGGCCGGGAACGCCGACAAGUUGGCCAUCUACAACCAAGCCGACUCAUCAAUCCUAUCUGGCGUACCAGAGGGGUGUGUGGUUGCGAUCAAGGAACCGUACUACAAAAACAACGGCGUCCAGGACGACUUCAUGAUCUGCGUGGACCACCCCUCGGACGUCAUCCUCCUGCGGUUCACCGACCUAAUCAUCCCGGAAUCCCUGAGACUGGGCCCUCUCCUCAAGACAGCCGAGGACUGGAGGAACGCUGCCGACCGUGCCUUUAUCGAGAAGGACUUCCCCACCUCCGUGUUCUGCUACACGGAAGCCCUCGAAGUCUCCUCGGACCCCGCCUUCCAAGCCCCCAUUCACACCAAACGCUCCGGCGUGAACCUCAUCCUCGGGCGCUACGACGCCGCCAAAGCCGACGCGCUCGCCUCGCGCACGGGCGGCCCCCACGACUGGAAAGCCUACUACAACGCCGGGCGCGCCGCCUACGGGCUCUGCGACUACACCACCAGCCACGAGCUCCUCACCAAGGCCCUCGACCUCAACCCGACGCACGCCGGCAUCCAAAAAGAACACGCCCGCUGCACGGCGCGCCUCCACGAGGAAGCCACGGGCGCCUACGACUUCGCCGCCAUGCAGGCCUCCCUGUCGCCGCAAUCCGUGCACCUCGACCGCGGCUCUUUCCUCGCCAACACGCGCGUGGGCGAUUCGGCGCGGCACGGGCGGGGGUUGUUCGCCACGCGGGCGCUGCGCGCGGGCGACCUGGUCUUUGCCGAGAAGGCCACGCUCAUGCCGAACCAGUACGAGCCGGCGCGGGCGUCGGCGGCGCUGUACGCGCUGAUGGUGCGGCAGCUGUGUGAUAACCCGUCGUUGGCGGGGCCGGUGUUGCGGUUGUUUGAUGGGGGGUAUGAGAGGGGCGGUGGGGUGGGGGAGAUGGUGGAUGGGGUGCCGGUGGUGGAUGUGUUUCUGGUGGAGGCGAUCCGCACGCGGAACUGCUUCAGUGCGCCGCGGUCGACGUGGGAGGAUACCCGCCCGAGCGCGCCCGAGGGCAGGCAGUGCAAGGGCCUGUGGGUGCAUGCGAGCUAUAUGAACCAUGACUGCGUGGCUAAUACCAUGCGGUCGUUUGUGGGCGAUAUGCUGGUCAGCAGGGCGACGAGGGAUAUUGAGGAGGGGGAGGAGCUGUUCCAGCAGUAUGUCCCUGUCAAGCCGCUACCGGAUGUGCGGAACAGGCAGUUCAAGGAGGGGUGGGGGUUUGAGUGUGGGUGCACGCUGUGCACGGCGGAAGCGCGUAGUCCGGAGGCUAUGCAAGCCAGGAGGAAGGAGUUAUUGAUCGCGGUGGAGAAGCUGUGCAGCAAGAAGAUGCCGGGCCGGGAGCUGAUCCCAGAUGCGAAGAUCCGGAGCGUGGACAAGUUGACGAAACAACUGGAGGAGGCGCACGAGAAGGAGGUGUAUGAGGGUGUGCCGCGGCUGACGCUGGUGUACCCGAGCAAUUGGCUGGUGGCGGCCCACCGGGGGAGGAAGAACCAUGGUAAAGUGGUCAAGUAUGCCAUGAAGGUGUUGCGGAACUUUGGAUUCAAGGUGCCGGACGAGAGCGAAGUCUGGGAUCCGAGGGACAUCUUUACCAAGUCCGGUAACGGAACUCUCAUGACGGUCCAUAUCGUGGCUACUCUCAGAACGCUGGCGGAGGCAUACGGGGCGUUGGGACACAGGGAGAUGGUGGAACGGUGUAUUGAGGCGGCCAAGUUCGGGUACCAGUUAGUUACGGGCUCAGAGAACGAUCUGGCAACGUUGGAUAAGUGA